UAUAUUUUAACACAUACGGGGUGAAUAAUACCGGAAGAAAUGGAGAGAGCAAAACCAAAGAAAUCAUCACCAGAGAAAUGGAGAGAGGACCACCGGAGUGUACCUCUUCGUCAAACUUGGAUUCCUCGUCAGAGAAGAUGCGGGUCUGCUACUGGAUGGCAGAUGACGAGCACAAGAGAUCUGAGAAACAGAUCUGA